GAAGAGUAGAGCAUACAAAAAUAUUAAUAGUCGUAGAAGGUAGGUUUUUUUAGUUUAUUAAUUUUGUGUGAGUAUUGGAGGGAAUGGGUGAACGGUUAAUUCAAGCGUUUCAAUUGGUGGUGCCUUGACGGAGAAGAGUGCGCAGGUUAAGCGAAUAUGCUUUGAAAGUAGUGGGCGUAGGUUAAGCCUGUUGAUAGAAUAGAACAGGAUAGAAAACUAGAAACAGCUGAAACCAAGAACGAAAUUGAAAAAAAGAGAGAGAGAGAGAGAAAAAAAAAAGUCGGCGUUGAUGAUCGAUGACGAAAAUGAAGCAUCUGUUAAGAAAACUGCACAUCGGCGGUGGUUUAAAUGAGCAGAAACGAUCGGAGGAGGCGCGGCCUGUUAUCGGCCCAAGUCCGAGCCCCAGUCGGAACUCGAAUUCCAACUCGAACUCGACGGGGUCGACAACGACGGCUUCUUCUUCAUCGUUUUCGGUUAGUUCAGGGACAAUGGGGAGAAUCGGGGCCGUUGAAUCGGUCGGGGGAGAUAGGACGGCUGGAGAUAAGGUGGAUUUUAAUUUAUUGGAAGAAGAGUUUCAGAUGCAAUUGGCUUUAGCGAUCAGUGCCUCGGAUCCCGAGACGGCUCAGAUCGACGCUGCUAAAAGGAUUAGCCUCGCCAGCACCGACACCAACGCUUUCGUUGAGUUCCUCUCGCUUCGUUAUUGGAACUAUAAUGUAGUAAACUAUGAUGAAAAGAUUGUGGAUGGAUUUUAUGAUGUUUACGGUAUUGCCACAACUCUGGGUGCACAAUGGAAGAUGCCAUCUUUGGUUGAUCUUCAAGCAAUAUCAGUCUUAGAUAAUGUUGAUUAUGAAGCAAUUUUGGUUAACCGGUUGCUUGAUCCUGAACUGCAAGAGCUUGAGAAAAGAGUGUAUAACAUAUAUGUGCAGUCCCGAGCUUUUGGCCAUGGCCCUGUUUUAAGUGGACUGAUUGAGAAAAUUGCGGAAAUCGUUGUUAAUAGAAUGGGUGGUCCAGUUGCUGAUGCUGAAGAGAUGUUGAAAAUGUGGACCUUGAGAAGUUAUGAGUUACGGAAUUCUCUUAACACUAUCAUUCUUCCACUUGGACAGCUUGACAUUGGACUUUCUCGCCAUAGGGCCCUGCUUUUUAAGGUUCUAGCUGAUAGAAUUAAUCUCCCAUGCAUGCUGGUCAAAGGGAGCUAUUACACUGGUACUGAUGAUGGAGCUGUGAACUUGGUUAGAAUUAACAAUGGAAGUGAAUAUAUUAUUGAUCUGAUGGGUGCUCCUGGCACACUAAUUCCUGCUGAAGUACCAAGCUGUCACCUCCUAAAUUCUACACUGGAUGUAAGGAGCUUUGCUGAUCUUACCGAAGCCUCUCAAGGUUCAUGUUUGCUGCUUGACAAAGGAAUUGGAAAUGUGGUAGUUUCUGCUGCUCUAGAUUCAGGCCUUAAAGUUGGUGCCACAAGGUCAGUGGAACUUGUCAGCAUUCAGACAAAUGAAGAUGAGAAGAACCUUGCCGGAAGAGCUGUCUCUGAGAGAUCUGAACAGGAGUUUGGGAAGCUUCUUCCCUCGGCACCUAAAUCUAGUAAAAGCUUUUCUGGCAUUCAUGAAAAACCAUCAGCGCAAAGGAGAAAGGUUAAAAAUGUUUCUAAGUAUGUAAUUAGUGCAGCGAAGGACCCAGAAUUUGCUCAGAAAUUACAUGCUGUUUUGUUGGAGAGUGGUGCAUCACCACCUCCAGAUUUGUUAAUGGACAUUAAUUCACAGGAUCUUGGCGAAAAAAGUAUGCCUGAACAAGUCAAUCUAGUGAAAAGGGCAAAUGUAGAUGUUGCUGCUAGCUGCCUUUCAAAUGAGUUAUCAAGCAAUGAGCACCUUCUUGUAUCCUCUGGGAUGGAGACUUCAGAAAAUACUAAUUCCAAUACUAGACAAAAGCAAAUGGCUAAACAUCAAAGAGAGUUGGAAACGAAUGUCAUAAAAACUAAUGAUGCAUCUUCUGAUGCUUCAAGUGGGGAUUUUCUUCUUGUUGGCAAUAUAACUAAUCAUUGGAUACAAGUUAGUGAGUCUUCUUUCUGCUAUGCUGAUGAGUUUUGCGAAAUACAGUCAGAAUAUGUCUUGGUCACGGAUGAGAAACUAAUAAAAAGGACUUCUGAUACUGAUUUGAGUAAGGAAUCUGCAUUGGAAUUGAUCAAAGCCACAGAUAGUGACUUGCAUCUGUCUAGCAAUGGUUGCAGUGAGAAGAUUAAUCCUAUGCCAAAGGAGGUUUCAGAAUGGGAAAUUCCAUGGGAGGAUCUUCAAAUUGGUGAACGCAUUGGUAUUGGAUCAUAUGGCGAGGUCUACCGAGCAGAUUGGAACGGCACUGAAGUUGCUGUGAAGAAGUUUUUAGAUCAAGACUUCUCUGGUGAUGCAUUGGUUCAAUUUAAAUGUGAAGUUGAAAUCAUGUUAAGGUUGAGGCAUCCAAAUGUUGUUCUUUUCAUGGGAGCUGUUACUCGUUCCCCACAUUUCUCUAUACUGACAGAGUUUCUCCUCAGGGGCAGUUUGUAUAAGCUACUGCAUCGACCCAAUCCUCAUCUCGAUGAGAAGAGACGAAUGCGAAUGGCUCUUGAUGUGGCUAAGGGAAUGAAUUAUUUGCACACAAGCCAUCCUACUAUAGUGCAUCGAGAUUUGAAAACACCAAAUCUUCUUGUUGAUAAGAACUGGGUUGUAAAGGUCUGUGAUUUUGGGCUGUCACGAAUGAAGCAUCAUACUUUCCUGUCUUCAAAGUCCACUGCUGGAACGCCUGAAUGGAUGGCUCCAGAAGUUUUAAGGAAUGAACCAGCCAAUGAGAAAUGUGAUGUAUACAGUUUUGGUGUGAUAUUAUGGGAGUUGGUUACUUUACGUAUUCCCUGGAAAGGUUUGAAUCCAAUGCAAGUUGUUGGAGCUGUUGGAUUCCAGAACAGGCGUCUAGAAAUUCCUGAAGAUGUAGAUCCAAUGGUUGCACAGAUCAUACGUGAAUGUUGGCAAACGGAAUCACAUCUACGGCCAUCAUUUGCACAGCUCAUGUACCGACUGCGGCGUCUUCAACGUCUGUAUAUUGAAAAGCCAAACUCUACAAAUCCAAUUAUAGGCGGAUCUUGAUCUUGAUUAGCUGUUUCGUGGCUCAAAGAGCCAGGCAGCCGGAAGGUUUUCCUUUUAUGUGCAAAGAAAGUUAAGAGUUAGGACUGGGAAAGUGUUGGCCCAUUCGAAGUGGGGGAUCAGCACUAUCCAUCCUGAAUUAAGUGGAGUCCUCUCAAGUAAGCAGCUGCAUAAGAGCAGCAGAGGAUACCACUUUAAAAUUUGUUUUUAGUAUUAUGAAUAAGUAGCUUCUGCCGAAGUGUAAGAAAGUUCCCAAAAGGAAAAACAAAGGGAAAGAAAAAAAAAAGGAAAACAAAAAGAAGAAAUGAAAAGGAAAGGAAAAUAAAGAGUCUUCCAAGUUAUUUACCUGUGGAGGUCUUUGUUUUGGGUAGAAAUCCCAAUCCCUGGAAUUGUAAACAUGUCAUCUCUACAGUUCAUUGUGGAAACAAAAAAAUAAAAGGAAUUAUUUGCAAAUAA